CGGAGUCCCAGCGACUCGCAAGGGACCCCCCCCCCUCCAUGGACUAUCGCGGGUUCCGCGCCGCGUUCCCUGAUGGAGGGGGGCUGCCCCCGUACGCGACCCCCCUCUACCGGCCCCCGGGACCCGCGCUGACCCUGGCCGAGAGACUCGCAGCCAUCCUGGUGGAGGCCGGCUCUGGCGCGCAGUGUCGCAAGCCGCGCAGGAGCCGCACGGCGUUCUCGGCGCGCCAGCUCGAGGCGCUGGAACGCGCCUUCCGCCUGGGCCACUACCCCGACGUGGGCGCGCGGGAGAGGCUCGCGCUCGGCACGGGGCUGCCCGAGUCGCGUGUGCAGGUCUGGUUCAAGAAUCGCCGAGCCAAGUUCCGCAAGAAGCAGCGGGGAGUGGAGCGAGACGGUGCGGGCGGCGCGACCCCAACGCCGCGAACUCCGCCUCGAGGGGACCCGCGGGGGGCAGGCGGGGCACGGAGCCCCCCCCGCGAGGAGAGGACCCGCAGCCCCGGGGAGACCCGCUCCGAGAUGCCACAAAAGUCUCCGUGCAGACGACCCCGAGACGGGAGCGGAGAGACGCCGCGGGAGACGCGGGACACGACGCGGACGUUCCACGGCGAUGCCGUCAACCCCAUGGUCCCCAAGCUGGACCCGGCACACCCCCCCUUCCCCCUGCCCGCAGCCUCCCCUCCGCCCCCGUGCCCGUACCGACCCCGCGAGCCCCUGUUCGCGACCCCCCUGUCCGGCGCCUUCGCCUCCGCACCGGCGUGUGCGCAGGGCUCCGCUCUGUUGCCCCAGGGCCUCUUCCCGGCGCACUGCGUGGCACCGUGCGUGGUGCCCUACCCGCCGUGUUGCCGCGUCAUGCACCACGUGCAAGCGGCGCACAAAGCGGCCGACGCGGCCGAUGACCUCCACGACGCGUGCGUCCGCCUGGCCGCUCUGCAGCACGCGGUCCUCCUGCAGGCUCUGAGGCCGUUCCCAAGCUGA